AGAGUCAAAGGUGUAAAGUCGAAAGGAAAGGAUUCAAAUCUUGGCAAUUUGGGGAAACGCAAAAGUUCCACUGAUUGUACUGAGAGAACAGGAAGCGUAAGAUCUGGAGAUAAUUCCCAUUCGGCUGAAGACUCAGACGACGCACAAAAACAUCGAUUUGAUUCAUUAGACGACUCAGUGGUUAGAGAUAACAGAAAGUCAGACCCCUUGGUAGACGACAAAGAUGAUUGCGAUUCGACAUCUGCAGAUGAAAGCGAAUUUGAACUUCUUUCUAGCAACAGAAGAGGUUCGCUUGCCUUGGAUGAGAUCUUGUUGGACAGUAACAGAGGAAAAAGGAAAGAACACAGAGCUAAGACACCUGAAAUUAACCAGACCACCGGAGCAGAUGACAACCUUGCAAACAGUUCAAGAACAUAUGAUAUAGACCGAUCGGUAACGCAUAGAAAAGCUGUUUUCAACGUAUCCAAGUUGCAAGAUACUUUUUCAGGAAAAAAUGCUGCAAUAAAACAUGUUGGAAAUAAACAUAAGAGCAUUUCAACAAAUGUGUUUUUACGAGACUCAGAGUUUGAAAAAAACAACUUUUUAGAUUCUUUAGUUAAAGGGGAAGAUUUUAUUAAGGAUUCAGACUCAGCUGAUAAAGAUCUUGUUGAGUAUCCCUCGAUCCUAAGAAAAGUUGUUGGUUACACGAAAAAAAAUAAGAACAUCAAGAACACACUUCAAACCAACCAGUCGGUACCUUGUGAGGAAUACGCAGAGGCUGACGUAAAAGCAAUCAUUGACGCAAUUACCAGAAGGGAAAACACUCAGCUUUCUGAACAGGAGGAUGAGUCUGAUAAUUCAACGAUUCAUUCCGAAGUUUCGAAUUCUUCGGACGAAGAAUCCGAAUGUGAGGAGUUUGAUAUUGAAAGUUACGUCGAUAAAUUAAUUAAGCGCGAGAAUGAAACGGAGGGCUACAGUGAUUCGGACGACGCUUCAGGAAAUACUGCUAAAAAUAGAGUGCGAAAAGUCAGCAAGAAGACCAAACGAGUGUUCCAGGCGCUGUCCGACAAGAGUUCGGAAACCGAAGCUUCCCCGAGCACGGACGAUUCUAAUUCGGACGCCGAUGGGCAGGAGGAUGAUCCAAGGGACAAGUCGUUUGAAUGGGAGAGAGAUGUAUAUUUUCUAGCUGAUAAUGAACAGAUCAGUUCAUCUUCGGAGGUGACAAAGAAGCUUGCCACUGACGACGGUGGAGACAUUGUUCGAACGUUAGGUGAAAGAAGGGCAGAAGAUUUGCGAUGGCCGCUCUCAAUUUUUUAUGUGAAGGAGUUUAAACAAGAUUCAGGGAUCCCCCUUUCAGAAAAAAGCGAGGUGUUACCGUCAUACAGGUCGACUGUUGCCACCGCACGUCAACCGGGCCGAAAAAGUGUUAUGCAGGGGCGAGUCUGGUGGGUGGAAUGGUGGGCCAAAGAAGAUUCCCGGAGGAAAGAAAGA